AUGAAGAAAUGUAUUGACAAAUCUAUUUAUAUUUAGUUGGAACAUCAAGUCUUGCAUAUGCAUCAAAUUAGAAUCAAUAGGUUGAGUUAAAAUACUAUCAAACUCAUUCCAAUAAAGAGCUAACUAUCAUAAAUAUAAGAUGUGAAAAUUUGAAGUGA